GUUUGUUUCUACAUUUCGCAGGUCUUACAUAGGAUCCCAUUGGAUCCGUUGGAUUACUGUAGUUUCCUCCAUCGUCAACUAUUACGGCCUUGGCCGUGCUGUGGCCUUAUUGGUGGCCUUGUUGUGUGAUGAGGAGACUUUGGCACAGCCCUUUGCUUGUGCUUUUUGUUGCCAUUGCGUUGCACUUGCAGGGUUGCGAUGACGAGGACAGCGAUGACAAUGAGGAGAAGGAGGAGAAAGUUAAGCAGCCAGAGGUUGUCGCUCAAGGAAAUGCAACGAAGGAAGCCGCCGAACAUGUAUGGUCAGGGGAGCACCAUCGCCCCACCUAUGGAGGACCUCCAGCGCAGCUGGGGCACUUCGAUGAGAGACAGAAGAAAGUCCAGCCAGAUGUACUGCCGGGCAAGGGGGGCAAACUGCUGGAGGCCGAGCGCUCUUUCGAAAGAGCUUUGCUUGCGAACAGCGGCGCUGAACAACAGGUGCGCAACCUUGAGAAGGAGAAGCACUUGGAGGACUACUACAAGCAGAACCCGACUACCACGUCUACCACUAGCUCUUCAACCGAAGCUUCGACGGCUGAGGAUGAUGAGGGUGGUCACGGAGAGGAUGAGAACACCACAGUUGCCAAAGGCGAGGAAGAAAGUGGCAAGGCCGUGCCUGAGGAAGGAGAAGACUCGAAUGAAGAGGCUGCAAACACGACCAACACGAAUGCGACCGCCACGAACGCAACGAACGCUUCCGUGGAGCCUCCUGAACCUGCAGCCAAAGUCGGUGCUGGAAAAGCAGCUCCAAGUGGUCCAGCAGAGGAGGAGUUGGAGAUCGAGCAUGUUACCUCGUUGGCGCCAAGUGCCGCCAAGGCUCACCAUGCAUUCAAGUCAAUAGACCAGGCGGAAAGUGCGGCAGGUUCAAAAGAGAAGGAAGAUGAAGAGUCACAGAAACCAGACCAAGCAUCGUCUCUUCAUGAUGAAAAGGAAGCGAAAGGUGGAGGAAAAAUUGACAGAGCAGAGGCAGCAGAGGCAGCAGUUGCAACAAACGUGAAUGAUGAAGCAAAUAAAGGGAAACCCAAAGAACCAAAGCAGACUGCAGGGGAAGAAGAACAGCCGGAGCCCCCACAGGAAAUGGAGGAAACAGGGCAGACUGAGCCCCAGGAAGAAGAGACAACAGCAGAGCCUUCAAAGAGCACAAAGGAAAUGAAUCAGAUUGAAGAGCCAAAGCCUUCAAACGAAGAACAUGAAAUGAAUGAGGAAAUAAAGGAAACGCGGCAGACAAAGCCCCAGGAAGAAGAGACAACAGCAGAGCCUUCAAAGAACACAGAGGAAACAAAUCAGAUUGAAGAGCCAAAGCCUUCAAACGAAGAGCAUGAAAUGAAUGAGGAAAUAAAGGAAACAGGGCAGACAAAGCCCCAGGAAGAAGAGACAACAGCAGAGCCUUCAAAGAGCACAAAGGAAAUGAAUCAGAUUGAAGAGCCAAAGCCUUCAAACGAAGAGCAUGAAAUGAAUGAGGAAAUAAAGGAAACAGGGCAGACAAAGCCCCAGGAAGAAGAGACAACAGCAGAGCCUUCAAAGAGCACAAAGGAAAUGAAUCAGAUUGAAGAGCCAAAGCCUUCAAACGAAGAGCAUGAAAUGAAUGAGGAAAUAAAGGAAACAGGGCAGACAAAGCCCCAGGAAGAAGAGACAACAGCAGAGCCUUCAAAGAACACAGAGGAAACAAAUCAGAUUGAAGAGCCAAAGCCUUCAAACGAAGAACAUGAAAUGAAUGAGGAACAAAGCCAAGAAGAGUCUGACAAUGCUGGCAAGGCACCAGUAAACCCUCCAAUUCAUGAGGAAGCAGGAGGGGUUGAAAAUGCCGGGGAGAAUUCUGAAGGCGGCUCGCCUGAAAUGGAGGCAGGAAGAGUUCCGAAGAACUCAGAGAAAAGCCUGGAAGCAGGAGAAGGCGGCUCUACAGAACCAGAAGAGGGGCAAUCUGAGGAUGACGCAGUAGAUGAUCUUCCAGAAGAGAACGAGGAUCACCCAGACCUCUCAGAGGACGAUGGCACCGAUGGCACCAAGCCUGCGCUGAUUGAGGUGGAGAGUCACCAGGCACAGCGAAACUCUCGAUUGCAUCGGCAGCGUGAAGCUUUGCUCGAGCUUCAGUUGCAGCAAGACGAGCAGCUGGAAGACUUCCGCGAGAAACUGGCAAGGCAGCAAGAUCGGAUGUUGGAGAAGUUCCGGCGACAGCAACAUCAAGAAUUGGAGCUCGAGAGACAGAGGAUAGAUGAAGGCCACAGUCCAGCGAUGCGAGAGAUGGAUCAAACACACCGAAGGAACAAGCUUGGAUCCCGGAAAAUGGGGCAGUGGCUGCAGGAACUGGCAGAUGCUGCAGAAGGCUGACAAGUUGACAAGUGCCAGAUGAAAGGAACUGGACUCUUAAAGAGAACUGAGCGCCUGAAGCAAAAACAAGUCUGGAGAGGGAGUGAGACAGAGAGUAAUGGGAUCCAAAGGGACAGCGAAGUGUCAUGAGAUUGAGAAAAAAGAGAUAAAGGGAUGGCAAAAGUGCGUCGUUCAAGACUCAUCAAGACUCGACGUUUGCUGCUUGAGUUCUGA